AAGAUGGCUGCGCCGUGCAGAAGGAUGGUGGGUCAGUCUCUCUUACAGUUUCUGUCUUGUUUCGGCAGGACAGCGGCCGGAUACACCGGGUUUCGUCAGUUUUCCAACACUUCUGUUUGUCCGGCGACUUUGCAGUCCCAACGUUUGACGGAAAGAGCGGGUUCUCCGUGGACUUUGAUGGCAGCCGUGUGUCUGCAGAGGCUCCCGGUCAUUUCAGCGGAGUUGAGCCCGAUAGAGCAGCAGUUCAGAGAGAUGAUGCACCGGAUGGAGCUGGAGAAAAGCGUGCUGUCGGACCACGAGCUGCGGCUGCUGGAGGACGCAGAAAGGUUGAGCCGCAAGCAGUCAAACGACUAUGACUCUGAUGAUGAGGACGUCAGGGACCAGGAGAUCAUCUUGGCUCAGGAUCUGGAAGACUCCUGGGAGCAGAAGCUGAAGAGCUUCCAGCCAGCUCUGAGGGUUAAAGCUGAUGUAGAUAAGGACCUGACCUCAUCGGAGCGCUGCCUGGCCGACACGCUGCUUCUUCUGGCCGAGCAGCAGGUCGGGGACGAGAAGCUGUGGAUGCUGCCUCAGACUGAGUGGCAGGAGGGAGAGACGCUGCGGCAGACAGCCGAGAGAGCCCUCGCUUCCCUGCCAGCAGCUGGUUUCAAGGCGACUUUCCUUGGCAACGCCCCCUGUGGAGUGUACAAGUACAAACUGCCCAAGGCUAUUCGGACGGAGAACUUGGUUGGAAGAAAGGUGUUCUUCUUCAAAGCCAUUCUGUCAGGCAGCGCUCCCCCUGCUGCCCCAAAUGCUCCUUUUCUGUGGCUGAAGAAAAGUGAACUGCAGCGCUACUUAAAGCCAGCAUACAUGAUGAAGGUGGAACGCUUCUUCCUCGACCUGUGACGCCUAAACUCAGAACCAGGACACGGACUUACACAACAAUAUUUAUGAGGCCCGGAGAGUUACCCUCGUCGUCCAUCUGUUGUCUUGUACCAUAAAAUGUCCUUUCAUUCAAUAUAUGUGUUUAAUUGUAAAAAUAAAUUGUUUUUCCACACAAA